CGUACGGGUCGGACGUGUGUCGAACUCGCUGCCGAAACUUUACGAUAAAAAAUUCCCGAUUAGCGAAAGUAUAUGUGAUGUGUUAUGUUUUGGAUUGUACAUCGCAAGGACCGGCCUAACCCAGGUCCGAGUGGCGAGUGAAAGUGAAUUUUUAUUGCGUAGAAAUGUGAAAAUUUAAAAGAUUCAAAUAAGUGAAUGUGUUGUGGUGUUGUGUAAACUGUAAGUGAUGUUCGAAUAUGGAUGAGGUAAAGGUACACAAGACGUGCGUGCGCGUGCACUCCGCCGAUGAUGAAGAGUCGCGCGACGAGGUGGACUACGACCUGCCCAAGAAGAACCCCUUCGUCAGGGGCUCGGACCCGCGCGUGGCGACAUGCCGCGGGCGGCUGCAGACGCGCCGCUGUCAGAUCAACCAGGAGAUCAACAAGGAGCUGCGUCUGCGCGCCGGCGCCGAGAACCUCUUCAAGGCGACGACCAACCGAAAGCUGCGCGAGACGGUGGCGCUGGAGCUGAGCUUCGUCAACUCCAACCUGCAGCUGCUGAAGGAGCAGCUGGCCGAGCUCAACUCCUCUGUCGAGCUGUACCAGAGCGACAGCAAGGAGUGCGUGAUGCCGAUGAUACCACUGGGGCUGAAGGAGACGAAGGAGAUCGACUUCCGGGAACCGUUCAAGGACUUCAUCCUGGAGCACUACAGCGAGGACGCGCUCGCGUACGAGGAGCCCAUCUCCGACUUCAUGGAUAUGAGACAGGCCAUCCGUACCCCCGUGCGGUCUACCGCGGGUGUGGCGCUGCUGUUCAAGUACUACAACCAGCUGUACUACAUCGAGCGCCGGUUCUUCCCGCCGGACAGAUCGCUCGGCGUUUACUUCGAAUGGUUCGACUCGCUGACUGGAGUCCCAUCCUGUCAGCGAACAGUCGCGUUCGAGAAGGCUUGCGUGCUAUUCAACAUAGCUGGGAUAUAUACGCAGAUUGGUGCUAAACAGGAACGCAACACGUGCGCGGGUCUGGACGGCGCGGUGGACGCGCUGCUGCGGGCGGCGGGCACGCUGCGCUACAUCCACGAGAACUUCACCAACGCGCCCUCCGUCGACCUGGCUGCUGACACCCUGCUCGUGCUGGGCGCGCUCAUGACGGCCCAAGCCCGCGAGUGCCUGCUCCACAAGCUGCAGCUUCAAGCGCGCGAAGCCAGCGGGGAGCGCCUCGACCUGGACAUGUGCCUGGACCUGGCGCAGGAGUCCGCCCAGCUCGCCGCCACGUACCGCCAGCUGUACGACAAGAUGCAGACGGAGGCGGUCUUCAACUACGUGCCAUACUCCUGGGUCUCCCUCGUGCAUGUCAAGACAGAAUUCUAUAAAGCACUGGCUCACCAGUACUGCGCCACGGGUCUGAUGCAUGCGGCCGGCGCCCGCGCUGCUGCCCGUCUCGCGGAUCUCUAUGGCCCUGACCAACAAGACGAUUCAAUGCUGUCGGCGCUAAAGUACGAGGAUGAGGCUGACCAGGUGGCAUUGGGCCGCGCUCACCUCUCUGAAGCCCUCGCGCUGUAUGAAGAGGCGCAACGGCUACAGAGAAUGUGCCGGGAGUUGCGAGACAAGGAAGCGCUGUCGCGCGUAGUGGGUGCGGCGCGCGCGCGAGCUGAGCGAGACCACACGCCAGGGCAGGACGACCUCACCGACCUGCUAGAUGCGCCUUCCAUCAGACCAUCCUCCCGGUUCCAGUUGGCGCUCACGCCGCCUGACUUCGCGCAGCACCGCGUCGAAGAUCUGUUCAAGGCUCUCGGGCCCAUCGCGGUGUUCUCGGCCAAGAGACACUGGAGCGCGCCGCGACUGGUCCAGCUGCAGAAGCAGUCCCGGCACAGGCGACGCAGGGAGGAGGACCAGCUCAAGCGGCGACCCAGCGACAAGCGGGACAGGUCCGAGGACAACAGCGCCUACUACAGCCAGGUCAUCAAGAACGACGACGACAAAGUGACCAAACAGAACGGCGUCUACAUCAGCAGCUUCGACAAGAACGAUUAUCACCCGAAGGUUCUGGACGACUACGAAUACAAGGAGAACGGGUACAGGGAGCACAAGCGGAACGGGAGGAAGGACUUGAGGAGGGCGGCCAGCGAGCACAGCAUCGUGUCCAAGGACGAGGACGGGUUCGGCUUCUCCGUGAGAGGUGACGCGCCGGUCAUGGUGGCGGCCGUGGAACCCAACUCGCUGGCUGAUAUCGGCGGCAUGCGGGAGGGCGACUACAUCAUCUCGGUGGGCAGCGAGGACGUGAAGUGGCGGACGCGGGAGGAGGUGGUCCGCCUGGUGCGGCGCGCCGGCGACUGCCUAGCGCUGCGCCUCGCCACGCCCAUGCACUCGCACAAGUCAUCACCCGAAACAGUGCGACAGUCCAGCUCCAACCAGGGUUCCGUGUCGGCAGCAUCGACAGCGUCCAGUGGGUCCACCGCCACCCCCCGCGCGCGCCGCCUCCCCUCCUGGAACCCCUUCCGUCGCGCCGCACGAGCGGACAGCACGCAUCGACACAGCAACGUCAUAUUCAGAUAAGGACAAACGGAUGUAGGGACUGAUCUUGGUGAAGAUCGAUUAUGGGUCAAAAGUACGCACUAGCACUAAAAUAUUAUCAGACAGGUCGAACGAGGAGAUUGAUGACGAGGGACCAAAAAUUCCAGGUUAAAGUUGCUCUGAUAUGAGCGGUUUUGCCGUCAAAAAUCCAAAACGAAUCCGAGAAGCGAUUUCUGGUGAUAGAUUUAAAACCAAAAACACGUGGGUAGGGCUGCUCAAUUCCGUCCAAUAAAGUAAACAAGAAAAGCAAUAAAUAAUUUAUAAUAUAAAUUUUAACAAUCAAAAACAAAACGUUUAAUUAUAGCGAGUAAACACAUCUCGCUAGAUGGCGCUACGUGGUGCAAAUCGUGAUGGUUUCUAAAUAUUGUGUUCUUAAAUAUUGAUAAUAGUUUUAAUCAUAAAAUAUCUAUCAAUAUCAAAGUGAAAAUUACGAAUUUAUAAAGUUGAUUUUCAUUGUUUUAUUAUUUUUAUUGUAGAUGAUAAGUACAUAUUGCGUUUUUAAUUUUUAUUUUUAAAUUCUAUAAAGUUUUCUGUAUAUUUUGUUGCUUACAUAUGAAGGGUCCACUGCAAUAAUGAUGAACAUCCAAAAAAAUAAAAAUCUUAACAAGUAAUGCCAUUCGGUCACUUGAAAUAAGAAUAAAACGCUCAACGUCACAACUCACAGGUGUUUACUUUAAAAUAAUCUUUAAUUCCAAGUUUUGUUAUACCGUUCUUUUAAAAACCCAAUUAUUAUCUUUAAACUAACAACUUAGGACAUUCAUCAUUAUUGCAGUGGACCCUUCAUAUAUUUAGACUAGGAAUUUGGCUAUGACUAUCCAAAGCAUAUUUGAAAAAUAUAAAUGAUACAAAUAUAUAAAUAAUUUAACUUUUUAACAUUGCAAAACUCAUAAGUAAGCAGUUUAAAAAUGUGAAAAUCAUAAUACGAUUUAUAUACAACUACUAUUGAAAAUUAUAUAUUUGUAAAUUGUAGAUCACAGGUAUUUGGUGAUAUAUCUUCUGUAAAUAGUAACAUAAUACACUGCAAGUUGUGCAUAUUACUUAGAAUUGUUUAACAUUUUUCUAAGUCACGAAAGUGUAGUAUGUAUUUAAAGUAAGUAAAAUAAGUAGUUAACCGACCUUAAAAAGCUAAACUGUUGUAAAGCUACUGUAAGGUUUCUUUCAAAUGACGCGGCCGCACAUGCGUCUAUCGUACGAAGUUUCGUGCUAAGA